CCUCUCUCCCUGUCCCUUAGCCCUCUCCUGUCUUGCUCUGUCCCUCUCUGUCAGUCUAUUUCCAGUGCUAGCUGAGUCAGGCGAAUAGCUCUCAGCUUGGAUUGACACAAAUAGGAAGAGGGACUCCAAUACUCUAAGAGGGUCACACCAACAGAAAAAUAACAAGAAACUUUAGAAAACAUCAGGAACUACGGAAAUAUACUGAAACCUGCUAAAGGAACCUGCUAUAAACUACAAAAAUGGACUCUGAUAUGGCGUUGACGGAAUUACAGGAGCAUGAGUUGCCAGAGGCCGUCGUUCAGGACGAUGAAGACGACGUGGAGGAACUCAGGAACAGUCUGCGGGAGGUGGUCCAGGACCAGUCUGUGAAGCCCAAGCUGCAGUGUCUGAUGGCGGACCCGACCUUCUCCAUGGUGACAGUUCAGAGUGAGGACAGYGGCAUUGUCUGGGAAACGGCCUCCAGCCGAUGCUCCACACCCUGGGCGUCGGAGGCCAGCUACAGCUCUGACACCUACAGUUUGGACGGCUCUGCUACCGGUGGUGGAGGUGCACAGGGCAAAAUUACCAUUGUCUUCGAUGAGGACAAGAUAAUUCGGAGGAGGAAGAGGACGAGAGGAAAGGCCAGGCUGGGGGAGAGGCUAAGGAGACCCGGGAGCUCCAGGUCUGGCUCGACACUGGGGGUGGAGAGGCCUGAGAUGGCUGAGGUGUCUGUGCCAAACAUCCGAGUGGAGAGUGUAGAGUCAGACACAGAGUCAGGGGAAGUGAAAGACAAAGACCAGGAGUUGUUUAGUCUGAUCUCAGAGGGUUAUGAGAUCCUCAACAUCAAAGUCCCGUCCAAACUGCCCACAGUGGACGAGGAGGAGAGCACUGAGCUGCAGGAUAACCUGUCCUACUUGGAGGAGACACCCGGGAUCAGGUCCAAAUCCAGGAGGGGCUCUGAGGCAUUACCUGCCCAGGACUACCCAGAAAUGAAGGAGGGCACAGAAGGAGAAGAAGUAGGAGAGUCUAAGCCCUCAGAACCCACAGAGCAACAGGGGCCUCACAGCCACAAGGACGGCACCAGCGACAUGGACUACUUUGAGGCGUUUACCCUGCUGGAUGAGGUGGUUCCUGGGCAGCAGGUUCCAGAGCCAGUGGGAGACGAGACACCCACGAAGCCCCAACGAGAGGAGCCUAAUCUGGGGCAGAUGACAGCCACAGACAGCCUCUCUGCAGCUCCGGACGAUGACUUUGUGUUUGUCACAGACAUGGAGAUUGCCAGCGAGCGUUUGGAUGAGGUGUUCUACGGGAACAAACACCACGCACCCCCAGAGGACCUGAUGAAAAGGGGAGAAGAGGAUGAAGAGGAGGGAGGGAAGGAAGGAAGAAGAGAGAGUCUGAGGUCUCUGAAGGAGAGUGGGUCAGCGCUGUUUAGCAGAGAGGAGAGCAUCCUCACCCCCAUCUUCCUCUCCCCGGGACCCCCUAAGAUCAUUGAUCCCAUCCUGCUAGAGGAACCCACAGCCAUGUCCUUCCUCUACUCCGACCUGUACGAGGACGCCAUGGGGGAGAGGAGGAGGAGCGACGAGGAAGGCUCAGAGGCAGAGAGCGUGGGGUCGGACAGAUCGUUCCRGAGGCGACUGUCUGAUUCAGAGGAAACAGACGGAUACCUGGAGAAGUUUAUCCUGAAAGACGAGACUCCCAAUGURGAGGACCAAUCAGAAGAAGCGGAUGGUAAAGGGGAGGGGCUAAUGAUGUGGUCGCAGAGUAAGUUUGAGCUGACCGGAUUCUUAACGAGAGUGGUGGAAGAAGAAGAAGAGGAGAAGGAGGAGUGUAAGAAGGAGGGGAUCAAAGAUGGAAAGAUGAAUGGGUACUUGCAACCAGCAGGAUAUAAAGAGAUUAMGAAAUCAACAGAGAUGGAAGAAUCAACAGAGAAAUCUUUGUUGCACAUCAAGGAAACUGGUCCUGAUAAAGACACUGAGUCUAUAAAUACAGACAGCAAAGUCACAGGAAAGAGACCUGAGAAGGUUGAUGUGGUAGAGGAAGCUAAAAGUGAGACAACACCUGAGGCACAUGAGUCAGAGGUUGACAGCCAGGAGGAGGUAGUGUCAGAUAAAUUAUCCCAUGAAACAGAGCUACUAGCUCAGGCAGAGGAGGUGAAAAAACGAGACGAAGUAGAAGUGUCUAGAGUGGCAAAACCAGUUGUAAUUCAGGAGCCUGUGGUUGUACAGGUGARCCAGGUGACAACUGAAAGUAAAACRGAGACUGUAGUUAAAGCAUCUGAACCUGUAAGAGCAGAGGGUGCUAUUAAAGAUCCAACUGAGGCCAUAGCAGGAGCACAGGAGCUACACAGGGUGUCUCAAAAGGCAGUUACUGAUUUAUCAGUAGUUAUUGUGAAAGUAUCAGAUGAUACUAAAAUGGCAUCUGAAAUUGCAGCUGAAGCAAUCAAUAGAAUGGAAAUGCUAGCUGAAGCACACAAAGUUGAAAAAGUAGAGAAUAGAUCUGAGGAGCCUGUGAGUGUAGAGGAGGAGUCCUUCACACACAAUCCUGAAGCCGAAGUAGUUCCAACUGCCCCUCCUGCAGAAGCAGCGGACCGGUGGUCGUCACCUCUUGCCCCUGCUGAGGGAGAUAAGGGACAGGAGGAAGAGCCAAUGAAGAAGCAGGACUUGGACGGUGAGGACGAGUGGGUGUUCACUCCCCUCAGGAGCUUUGCUCCUCAGGAAGACCUCUCUGUGCUGCACAGAGAAACUGUGGUUUCAGAGAUGGAGCUGCACACUGACGCUGGGGUCACGGAGAGAGAGCUGCACAGGGAGACUGCAGAAGAGCUGGAGUAUGAGAUAAUCUCGCAGCAAGAGGCAAGAGAGAUGAUGGUGUCUGAGACAGAGAGAAAACAACUGUGCCCAGGCCCUAACUCUAAUCUAGAGAGAGAGAGGGAGCUGGAGAAAGAAAAGGAGAGAGAGAUGGAGUUGGAGAGGGAGAGAAAGAAGCAGAGGGAAGUGAAGGAGAGGGAGGAGAGAGAGAGAGAAAGGGAGAUGCAGAGGCUGAAGGAAGUGAAGAAGACACAGGAGAGGGAGAGACAGGAGAGGGAGGACAAGGAGAAACAGAUGGAGUUGUUGAGGGAGGAGGAGAGACAGGGGAGGGAGGAGAGGGAGCAGAAGGAGAGACAGGAGAGAGAGGGGAAGGAAAUACAGGAGAGGGAGAAAGAAAGAGACAAUCAGAGGCUGAAGGAGAAGGAGCGACAGGAGAGGAAGAGUGAGAUGGAGUUGGUAUUGGAGGGAGAAAAGCAGAAGGAAAGGGUGAGAGAAAACCUGUUGAUGGAUAUGGAGAGGCAGAAGGAGCGAGAGAUGGAGGAGAGGGUAAGAGAAGAGAGAGGGCUGGAUCUCCCCACUUACGAGGAGCCCAUUGAGGCUGAUUAUGAGAUAUUUGAUGCGGAGGAGGAGAGCCAGGCCAGAGCAGCUGCUGCCCUACAGGGGAUGGAUUGCUUCUGUCUGGGCUGUGGUUGUCUGCUCUCUGAGACUGACAGACUGUCUGGAGGACACCAGGAUCAUGAGGUCACCAGCGUGGAGACAGCCUACGAAGACAUCAAGGAGAGGCUGAGUGAGUGGAUCUCAGAACUGCAGGAGAGAUCAGAGAACAUUGAGGAUCUGGUGUCAGAACUAGAGCUGGGAUACAACACUGUAGAGGACCAUUGCAGGGACAGUGAGGAGGUGAUGGAGGCUCAGAAUGAGGAGAUGAUGGCUCUGGUGAUGGAGCAGUACAACACCAUGUCUCUGAGCAUGGAGGAGGAAAAGAAGGCAAAGCUGGAGCAGCUUUACGACCAGAUCGUCUCCUUCCAGGAGAGUAUAGACCAGACCAAGGUCACACUGGACACCACCGCUAGAGAGGCAGAGAUAGACCCAGACACACAGACAUCCAAAGACAUCUAUAUGAGGUUAACAGAAGCACUACGGUCAGCCAUGUCUCUGGAGCUGGGUCCUCGGGGACUACUAGUGUUUGAAGAUUACGCCAAGGGCAAUGCAGCCAAUACACACACACGACGCAAGGGAAUCCCAGUUCCUCAGAAGCCGUCUCUGCAGCCUCAGGAGUGUGCUUCAGCCAGCAGCACCAGUGUGACUGUUUACUGGAGGGUCAACCCUGGAGACAUCAUAGACUGCUUCCAGGUCUACUGUAUGGAAGACCCACAAGGAGCGGUGUCGGAUGAGUACCGUGUGACAGUGAAGGAGAGUUACUGUGUUCUAGAGGAGCUGGAGCCUGACAAGGUGUAUAAAGUGUGGGUGAUGGCUGUCAACUAUACCGGCUGCUCCCUGCCCAGUGAGAGACUACCCUUCAGAACUGCCCCAUCGGUGCCAGUGAUUGAUACGGGGAGGUGUACGAUACUGUGGGACUCGGCCACGUUGCGUUGGAAUGUGGACAACCGAACACCCACGCAGAGUUACACCCUGGAGUACUGCAGACAGUACGCCCUUGAGGGAGAAGGGCUUAGGUCUAUCUCCGGUAUCCAGGGCAGACAACAGAGGGUACUACUGCAUCCCAAUGAGAACUACCUGUUYUACAUCAAAGCUGUCAACAAAGCUGGAGCCAGCGAACAGAGCGAGGCUGCUCUCAUAUCUACCAGGGGAACUAGGUUCCACCUGUUGAAGGCUUCGGCUCACCCUGUCCUGAAACUGUCUGAGGACCAGACCACCCUGUACUACCCCCAGGACACAUAYACAGAGAGAGGGGAUGUGGUUAACGAAUGUCCAUCUGUCCUGGGUGAGUUGUUACCCAUGAGGGGGCAUCACUACUGGGAGACCAAUGUGACCAGAAGUUCUGCAUACCGGGUGGGAGUGGCAUAUGAGACAGCCAAUAGGGACAGCCUACUGGGGGAGAACAGUGAAUCCUGGUGUCUGCAUUGUGUCCCUACACCCUACAGUUGUCGGUUUGAGCUGCUCCAUGGCAGUGUUCAGUCAGAUGUGUUCGUGGGGGAGGUGCCCUCUCAUAUUGGCACACUGCUAGACUACAAGCAUGGCCGUCUGUCCUUCUAUAACACCCAGCGCGGCCAGCUGCUCGGGACCCUCGCCCACUGCUUCACCCAACCAUGCCACCCUGUCCUGGGCAUGGAGCAGCCAGGCAGCCUGAAAGUCAGCAUGGCCCUGGAGGUGGCCGACUUCGCCAAGCACAGCUAGCCAAGCACCAGAUCUUCCCUAUGCAAGAUAUGUGAUCAUAAGUACCCAUGGGUUUAAUAUACAUUUUAUAGAAAUAUAAAUUUUAUACAGCAAGAACAGUGAUAGCUACACUUUUAAUGGAAUAAAUAGCCAGUCUCUCUGGACUCUCCCCGAUGAGGGUGGUGCCUAUAGUAGUAUCAGGACAUUCACUGACUCAGUGAUGAAAGACAGACAGGAGUGAGAGAGGAAGUACUGUAGUUGCUUCAGUAGUAUAGAUUUGAAAGAAAGUGCAAUUCUUGAAGGUAAUAGGAAAAACAAAACAUAAUCGGAGCAAUAGUCAAUAUCUAUCGAUCAAUUAUUGCUGUUUUAUUUCUCUUGUGAAUUUGACUGAGUGUGUUCUUGUUCAGGUGAAAUGUUUAAUCUCUGAGAUUUAGUAUUAAUUCAUCUUUUGGCUAUAUUUUUUAACAUGUUUUGUCAAUUGUUUGCGUGCUUUAAUUUCUCCAGUAUCUCCUUCUCUCUUUUCUCAGCAGUCUUACUCAUCUCUCCUAGAGCCUUUAGUAGGUACAGUAGGCACAGACUGCUGAGAUGCACAUUAAACUGUAUGCAGCUACCAGGGUAAUGAGCCCAGGUAGUCUGUGUGACUUAAUACUGUGUUAGCCCACUGAGCUACAUGCAAAGCAAGGUCAUUACUUGGAGAUUGUGUGGAUAAAGACACUAGUAACUAUUUUGUUUAAAGCCAUAGCCCUACUUGUGUUUCAUGUUGUGAAUACUGGUGUAUAAAUAACCUUGUAAACAGAUAUGUUGAAUCCAUUCUGUGUAUUUGUUUGGAAUCAUUUCUGAAUGAUGAUGAAUUUGAGUUUUUUUUYUCUUUGUUGAAUGUCUUCAUGUUAGAGUCUGAUGAAGAGAUGGUUAUUUUUGUAUUUGAGACAGCACUGAAUAAACUCCUAAGGUGAUCUAGAA